CUCACCUCAUCAUUCAUUCGUUUCAUCCGUUUCUUUUGCUCUGUCCCCUUCUCUCUUUUUUUUUUCUGUUUUUUUUUUGUAUCCUCUUAAUUUUUUUAGCCUUUAAAUUAUUGGCGUUGUCUUUCCGGGGCGUUUAAUUUCAACAAGGCAUCUUCUUUUCCAGAUCCUGAAUCACCGGAUCCGAAGGAAACUAUUGUUGUUUUUUUUGGGAUGAAUCAUCUUUGCAAUCUCUCAAAGGUUGAUUCCUGCUUCUGAGAACAUCACAGUUCUGCAGAAAAUCAGAUACUUUACAGUUACCGUUACGUAUUUAUACGCACACAAAUAUUAGCUUCGGGGGUGAAGAUGCUGGGAGGCAACAACGACAACCCUGUGCACCCGGUUUUCGUUAACGACAACCAGUUUCAGUUCCAGACAAACCCGUCUAACCAGCUUCACUUACUCGGAACCAUGGCAGCCGGGUGCAGUGUCGAUCCAGUAAACUAUUUCGCUGGUGAAAACCUCGCUCCCGUGAUCCGGCCCAGCAAACGGGGAAGGGAAUCUGAAAGCAACAACAACACCAAUAUACAGAGACAGCAAAAGUUACAGAUAUCGUUGAACUAUAAUUACAACAACAAUAAUGUUCAAGAGGAAGUGGACCGAGGUGCUACCAAUAUCCCGAAGCAGAACCUGGUUUCAACUGGUCUGAGGUUGUCUUAUGACGACGAUGAACGUAACUCUUCUGUCACUUCUGCAAGCGGGAGCAUGACUGCUGCACCUCCGAUCUUUCAGUCCCUCGGUGACAAUAUUAGGAUGGAUCUCGACCGACAGAAAGAUGAGUUUGAUCAGUUCAUCAAAAUCCAGGCGGAUCAAAUGGCCAAGGGCGUGAGAGACAUGAAGCAGAGACACAUGGCCUCUUUCCUAUCUGCUCUAGAGAAAGGCGUGAGCAAGAAGAUCCAAGAGAAAGACCUCGAGAUCGAGAGCAUGAACAAGAAGAACCGGGAACUGGUGGAGAGGAUAAAGCAGAUAGCCAUGGAAGCACAGAACUGGCAUUACAGAGCAAAGUACAACGAAUCCGUGGUCAAUGUCCUUAAGACAAAUCUACAGCAAGCAAUGUCCCAAGGGAAUGCAGGGGCAGGUGAUCAAGGGAAAGAAGGGUUUGGAGACAGCGAGAUAGACAGUGCUGCUUCGUAUAUCGACCCGAACAACUAUCUGGGCAUCGUGGGAAUCCCCGGGAGAGGGUUUCCGCAAAAGGGUCGGGGGAGAAAUCCCGAGGGGGCGAUGAGAUGCAAGGGGUGCAAUGCGAAGGAGGUGUCGGUUCUGCUGGUACCGUGCAGGCACUUAAGCUUGUGUAAAGACUGUGAUGGGUUUAUAGGGGUUUGCCCUGUUUGCCAGUCCUUGAAAACCUCCAGCGUUCAGGUCUUCUUCUCGUGAAACUUUGUGAAGAAAAUAUUUACCAAAAGCCUUUUUUAAAAAAAGGGGGAAAAACGAAAAGGUAAAAGGUCCAUAUAUACAGUCUUCAUACUCUUUUUUUUUUUUUUAACAAAAUUAUUAUGGAUGAAGAUAUUAAAAAAAAAAGAAGAAAACUGUGUUUGUAUGAAGUUUAUAUAUGGGAAUGUGUGAUGAUAAAGUUGCAGAAAUA